AUGACUGCCUUCCGUAUGGUAUGGUCAAUGCUGCUGGCUUCUUUGCUGUUGUCGCUCGUGGCGUCCUUCACUGCGCCCGCCGACGCCUUCUCCCCUCCUGCGGCAGGCCUCGGGGCGGACCACGGCUUCACCAAACGCUCGCUCUUCGACCCUUCCUGCACCGGUGUCUUCGACCGGCAGCUCUUGCGAAGGCUGAGCCGAGUGUGUGAUGACUGCUUCAACGUCUUUAGGGAACCCAACGUAGCUACAGAAUGCAGGAGUAACUGUUACAACAACGAAGUGUUCCGCCAGUGUAUGGAAUACCUUCUCCCGGCUCACCUUCACGAAGAGCAUAGACUAGCUGUCCAGAUGGUCGGGAAAUAG